AUGUUCAACAAUAGCAUAUUAUCACAUGUGUCUACUUUCUCAUCAUUAAAGGGAAUAUAUCUGAAUAACAUCGGAUUAAAAGGCGUCGUUGAUCUUCAAGAAUUGGACUCCUUGAGCAACUUAGAGGAGUUGUACAUGGGUGGAAAUGAGAUUAAAAAAAUUGUAUUCUCCAAAGGUGAAACAAGUUGGAGGAAGUUGACUUGGCUUGGACUAAGCAAUAUGAGUAUUAGUGAUGGAAAUAGUCUCUUACAGACAUUGGGCUUAUUCCCAUCCCUAAAGUCUUUUGAAUUCUAUGAUACCAACUUUAGUGGAGCAGUUAUUACUAAUGAGUUACCUUCGUUCAAGAAUCUGACACAUUUAACUAUUUCCGACACUGUUUUUAACAACAAAUUUCUUCAAAUGAUUGAGGGUAUGACUUCUCUUCAAUCUAUUGAAAUUUCAAGUAGUAACCUCAACAUCAGCGACACUCUAUUUGACAAAGGAAUUUGUAAGAUGCUUCAUCUUCAGCACUUAGACAUGUGGGACAAUGAUUUUAUGGGUACCUUGCCUUGUUGUCUUGCAAACUUGACUUCCCUUCAACACCUAGAUAUCUCAUCAAAUCAUUUUACGGGUACCUUGCCUUGUUUUCUAGCAAACUUGACUUCCCUUCUAUAUCUAGAUAUCUCAUCAAAUAAUUUUACGGGAAAUAUCUCCUUAUCUCCCCUUAAGGUACUGACAUCCAUCCAAGACUUACGGCUUUCAGACAAUCAUUUUCAAAUCCCUGUUUCCCUUGAACCAUUUUUUAACCACUCAAAGCUUAAGAAGUUCUAUGGUUAUGGUAAUGAAAUAUAUGCAGGAAUUGAGUCACAAUAUCUGGCCCCAAAAUUUCAAUUAAAUGACAUCUCAUUAUCCAAUUGUGGAUAUAAUGGUUCAUUUCCCAAAUUUCUCUACAGUCAGCAUGACUUACAAGUGGUUGAUCUCUCUGACUUUAAUUCGAAGGGAAAGUUUCCAGUUUGGUUGUUAAACAACAAUACCAAGCUAGAAGAACUUUAUCUAGUUAAUAAUUCUCUUUCAGGGCCUUUGCAAUUACCAAUUCAUCCUCACAUGUCUUUGCAAGAAUUAGAUAUAUCCAUCAAUUCCUUCCAUGGGCAUAUUCCAACGGAAUUUGGAGCUUAUCUACCAAUGCUACAAACUUUAAACAUUUCUAGAAAUGCUUUAAAUGGUAGCAUUCCCUCUUCGUUUGGUGACAUGAAGUUGCUAGAGUAUUUGGAUCUGUCUUACAAUUUGUUGACAGGAGGAAUACCUGAGCAUUUGGCCAUGGAUUGCGUCUCAUUAGAAGUCCUUGCAUUGUCAAACAAUAGUUUGCAAGGUCAGAUAUUCCCUACAAAUUUUAACUUGAAAAGCUUGUUAUAUUUACAAUUGGAUAACAAUAAUUUCAUUGGAAAGAUCCCAGAUGGUUUGUCCAAUUGCUCCUUGGAAGGGUUGUAUAUAAGUGGUAACCAUCUUGUUGGCACAUUACCGAGGUGGUUAGGAAAUCAGUCAUCUUUGGAGGAAAUUAUCAUGUCAAAGAAUCAUCUUGAAGGUCCAAUCGUCGUGAUUCAAUUUUUAAGUUCAGGUGAAUGUUUCUAUUUCAUUGAGCAACAAUUACUGCAUCGAGGUUGUUCUUCGCUGGUUGGCAGUAUAGGGGGAGCUUGUUCGGUUUCCAACCGUGGAGUUACAACGGAGAUUGUUCGAUUGAAUGCCUGGUAUUCAAGUGAAGAUGGUUUCUGUUCACUUGUGGAUUCGAUCCCCGAACCUGUUGCCGGGAUAGUGACUUCUAUCGACGGAGUUUCGAAGUCCAAGCAAGCUCUCGACUCGGGGCCAGAGCUGGAACGCAGUGACUUCUCCUUUUGUGCUGCAAGUGUAGACGAUGUAUCAACUGCUCCAAAGCAUGGUCCAAUUGAACCACCCGGAAAUUCUCCAAUUUAA